GGUAUAAAAGGGUGCUACAAUGAUCUGGCAGCAGUCUGAAUUUCAGCAUUGAGAGGGAGAGUACUGUUGCUUGGAUUGCUUGCUGUCAGACUUUACCAUAGUGAAUUUCAACAUGUUUCCCACCCACCUUUCCUACAGUUUCGGUGUUCUGCUGUGGCAUGACCAACAAAGAAGAAGGAGAAGAUCCGAAGAUGAUGAGAGACGUCACCACCGCUGAAGAUAUUGGAUCCAUCCCAUCACUGCGGCACGGAUGUCCCAUGGGGCUCACAGCACUUUGUACGUGGAGUUGCGCCAGCACCACGAGAAGUUUGCAAGCUACCCACGGAUGUCUGCAGCAACAUUUGAUGACCUUCUACCAUGCAUCAGUGAAAGGAUCUGUCACCAAGACACCGGCCUCAGAAGGAGCAUCUUGGCAGAAGAACCCCUCAUCGUAACCCUCAGGUUCCUGGCAACAGGUGAGAGUUUUUCGUCUCUCCACCAGUUUCGCCUGGGAACUUCCACCAUCUCUGGGAUUGUCUGGACCACCUGCAAGGCCCCGUGGGAUUGCCUUCUAGCAGACAUUCUCCCACAACCUUCAGCAGAACAUUGGUUUGGUAUUGCAGAGAAGUUCCAGGAAGUCACACAGUUUCCAAACUGUGUUGGAGCAAUCGACGGGAAGCACAUCAGGAUCCAGAAGUUCUUCUCCACUAUACUUAUGGCCGUUGCGGAUGUGCAGUACAGAUUCAUCGCUGUGGACAUUGGGUCAAAUGGAAGAACGAACGACUCCUGUGUGUUCAAGAACUCUGCCAUGGGGAGGAGGAUCUACUCUGGUGAGAUGGAACUUCCUGAAGCAAGGGCCUUUCUUGGGACUGAUGGACCUCCAAUGCCCUUUGUUUUUGUUGGGGGCAAGGCCUUCCAGAUGUGUGCAAACUUGCUGAAGCCUUACUCCAGCCGAGGACUCUACCACUGCAAGAGGAUCUUCAAUUACAGACUGUCACAUGCAAGACGCUAUGUGGAGUGUGCCUUUGGAAUUUUUGCGGGCAAAUGGCGGAUCUUCACACGGCCAAUCCAACUGCACCCGGACAUGGUUGAUCAGUUUGUUAAGGCAACUGUUGUUUUCCAAAACUUCAUCCUAACCAAGGAGCCUCCCCCACAGUGAUCUGGAAGAAGUGGAAGCAGCUCUGCCUGGACUACAGCAGUCAUCAAGAAGAUCAACCCAGGCCGUCAUACGUCUCAGAGACGAUUUUACACAGUAUUUCCUGACAGAAGCUUGCAGUGUGUCUUGGCAGGAUCAUAUGUUCUGAACUUUCUUGGACAUUUUUUUUUUUUAGGUUACAGUCCCUUUUGAUAGAAAACUGCUGAUGUUUUUUGCAUGUUGUGUGUACACUUUGCUUGCAGGAUAUGGGAGGGGGUAGAUUGUAUGCCUCAGUGUCAAAGUCACACAGGGGCGUACAAUCUGACACCUCCCCUAUCCUGCUAGCAAAUUAAUUGAAUUUAACACUGGGUGGUAGAAGACCUUUACUAUCCUGAAAGCAAACCCUAGUUGGGUGUAAAAAAAA